UUUCUGCUCCACUAGUUACGUUAUCGUGAACAGAUAAACGGAAAGCAGAAACUUCGGCGAGUCUCGACCGGCCGUGACCGGGGAGUCGGGGGAAGAUGGCCGCGGUAGAGACCUUGGGCACGGUGGGGGCGACGAGGAGGUGGUCUCUCAACGGAAAGACGGCCCUCGUCACCGGAGGCACCCGCGGGAUUGGACGUGCGGUGGUGGAGGAGCUGGCGUCGCUGGGGGCGGCCGUGCACACCUGCUCCCGCAAAGAAGCGGAGCUAGGGGAGCGCCUCAAGGAGUGGGAGGCCCGGGGGUUCCGCGUCACCUUCUCCGUCUGUGACCUCUCCGCGCGGGACCAGCGGGAGCACCUGCUCCGCGGCGUUGCUGACCGCUUCGGCGGCAAGCUCGACAUCCUCGUAAACAAUGUGGGGACAAACAUAAGAAAACCAACUACCGAGUAUUCUCCAGAGGAAUACUCAUUUUUGAUGGCCACAAAUCUUGAAUCUGCUUAUCAUUUGUGCCAACUUGCACAUCCUCUUCUAAAAGCAUCUGGAUCGGGUAGCAUUGUUUUCAUAUCAUCAGUUGCUGGAAUAGUAGCCCUAUUUAGUGGUACUAUCUAUGCGAUGACUAAAGGUGCCAUGAACCAAUUAACAAAGAACUUAGCAUGUGAGUGGGCAAAAGACAACAUAAGAACCAACUGUGUUGCCCCAGGGUACAUCUUGACUUCUCUUUCAGCAGGAAUUUUGUCAAACAAGGAGUUCGAGGACUCUGUUAAGAACCGAACUCCUCUUAGGCGUAUUGGAGAACCAGGAGAAAUCUCAUCGCUAGUUACCUUCCUUUGUAUGCCUGGCUCAACUUACAUCACUGGUCAGACAAUCGCCGUGGAUGGAGGUAUGACUGUAAAUGGGCUUUAUCCAAGUUGAGGGAGGCAUGACUGUUAGCCUGUUGCUGGACUUCACCCAGCAAAGAACCGGUAGGCAGAACCUGUAUGUUUCUUGUUACCAAGGGAACAGAGGUGUCUGAUGUUCGGGGCAUUGCUCGUUAGGAACUAAAGAAAAGGCGAACAAAACUUGUGUUGUUGCGGGGAAACAAUUUUUAGCACACGGGUGUAUAGUCAUCAAAAAAUAUAAAAAAAUUAAUAAGAUAGAUUAAUAUGAGUUAUAUCACUCCACAGAGAUGCAAGCUUAAAUUC